CCAGCUCUUAUCAUGGCUGCCACGGAAAUACUUCCGGUUCACUUCACUCAGUUAGGAACCUUCCUAAGCAACGCAGCCCAGGACGCUCCUCCAGUCCACCACACCGUCUCUGAUGUGCAUGUCUCCUCUUUCCUCCCGCGACCAGUAGUCAGACUCAUCACCCUCCUCCGGCUCUCUAACUGUCCGACAUCACGCUCAUCUGUCGUCGUUAUUUGUAAGUAGGGAGGCUUUGGCUAGCUGGCUAAAACGCCUGCAUCACCGGUUUUGACGUUAGCUUAACGGGCGCUGCGGACGAAAUGAUACCAUCAUCACCGAUGUGACAGCAUAGAGUGAAACAGAGCCUGAUCAUGGGAGACAGAAGGAGGUCACCAUGUGCCGAAAUCUCUCCAAAUAUACCCUAAUUUUCCUCUUCCUAGCCGUGUCCGGCCUCAUCUUCCUGCUGCGUAACAUCCACACUGUGGAGAACUGGAACUGCCACACUAUUUCAGCCCUCUACCAGCUCCAGAACAGGAUCCAAUCAUCCUUCAUCCCAGUGGAUCUCCCUACUUUUCAUCACAACCACACUUUCUGUGCCCAUCUGGGCCAGAAACCCUCCUCUCAAGAUGAAGUGGAAGAGCGCUACCUGUUGGACUCUAUUGCCUGGCCUGGGCCUCCGCCUCGUUCUACACCAGCCCCCCUUCGCCAGACGAGUGACCCUGUGCAUAGCCUGUUUGCCAUCCUUCCCGCUAAGGGAGGAAGGGAGUGGCAUGUGGGCGACCAGCUGGAGGCUCUCGUCCAAAUGCAUGACUUCCAGGGUCGUCCCAAGCGCUACGGCGGGGAUUUCCUUUUGGCCAGGCUGCACUCCCCGGAGCUUGGAGCAGGUGUAGCAGGGACGGUGCUGGACCACAAGAAUGGAUUUUAUUCGGCCAUCUUCCCGCUCCUCUGGGCGGGGGCCGCACGUGUUGAGAUUACACUGGUGCACUCCAGCGAGGCCGUUGCUGUCCUAUGGCGACUGAGGGAGGAACGUCCAGAUCGAGUCUUUUUCAAGAGCCUGUUCCGCUUGGGCUUCCUGUCUGAAACUACAGUGUGCAACAUGUGCUUGCCCCCCGACCCGCAGCCUCUGUGCAAUUAUACAGACCUUUACACAGGGGAGCCCUGGUACUGCUACAAGCCUAAAAUACUCAGCUGUGACACCAGAAUCAACCACGCCAAAGGAGGCUAUCUGAAACACCUCAUCACCAACAAAGAAGCACUGCUCUUCCAGAGUGGUGUAAACAUCAAAGUUCGCAUUCACGCUUCAGGACCCGAUGGAAUCUAUGUGCUGCCUCCCAGGAAAGAUGACGUUGAGAUAGAAAGCAGCAGUAUAAAGCCAGAACCUAUUAAGCUAGCACCUUCUGGAUAUUACUACGAGGACUCAUGGAGGCCAUUAGGUGGCGUUACAAUGCGCCAGUUCAAUGAAUCAUCUGCCAUCACUCAGUGUUUGAAGAAUAAGGUGAUCAACAUGUAUGGAGACUCUACUGUCAGGCAGUGGUUUGAGUACCUCAUUGCUUUAGUACCAGGAUUAAAGGAGUUCAACCUGCACAGUCCUAAAAAUGUGGGGCCUUUCAUGGCGGUGGACAGCACCCAUAAUAUUCUGUUGAAGUACCGCUGCCAUGGCCCACCCAUCCGCUUCUCCACGGUCAUGUCCAGUGAGUUGCGGUACAUUUCAAACGAGCUGGAUGGCCUCUCCGGGGGUCCCAACACAGUCGUGGUCCUCAGCAUUUGGGCUCAUUUUAGCACCUUUCCUGUGGAGGUGUACAUACGGCGACUCCGUCACAUUAGACGGGCGCUGGUGCGACUUCUGGACCGGGCGCCGGGUACGAUCGUUGUGAUCCGCUCAGCCAACCUCCAGGCCCUGGACCAAGAGGUCAGCCUGUACAACAGCGACUGGUACUCCCUGCAGCUCGACAAGGUGCUUAGGGCCAUGUUCAAAGGACUGAACGUUCUGCUGGUGGACGCCUGGCAAAUGAGUUUAGCGCACCACCUUCCUCACGCCCUCCAUCCGCCUCCAGUCAUUGUUAAGAACAUGAUAAACACACUUUUGUCUUACAUUUGCCCAGAGAAGAAAAAGAGCCAACAGUGACUACUGUGAAUAUUGAGGAGUUUAUUGUGUGAAUCCAUCAAUGGAAGUGUUCUUCAAAGCUACAUACCCUUUUAAUACUGUCUUUACUAAAAGAUUUGCCAAGUCUCUGUUUACUUGCCUGCUAUAUUUAAUUUUGAAUCCCACAAAACGUUAAUGUUACACAGUGAUUGUUACUACCCAUCUUUUUGUUAUGUGCAGUACUUUUACUUAAGUUGGCCAUGUUUGGUUUUGGGAUUCUUUCAAAUACGCUGUUUUAUAUUUAUGUGUGUACAAAUGGAGGACAACUUAAAAACCUGAAUAAGUGUCAA